AUGACUGAACGUAGUUUUGAUUCCUUUGAAGUGGUUGAAAAUGGUUUAACUGAAGAGCAAAUAUUGCAGAACCCUGAUUGUUUGAUCUCAUCGCAUGAUGAGAACCAUCCUGCCAAUGUCAUUUGUAAACUAUGUGAACAAUUCUUCCACAACAAUUGGUGUACUGGUACUGGUGGUGGUAUUUCAAUUAAGGAUCCUAAAACCAAUUACUUGUACAUUGCACCAUCAGGAGUUCAAAAGGAAAAGAUGAAAAGAGAAGACCUAUUUGUAUUAAACGAAACUGGUGAUAAAUGUUUGCGUAAACCAUCGAUGUACAAACCAAGUGCAUGCACACCGUUGUUUUUAGCUUGUUAUAAACUUCGUAAUGCUGGUGCAAUCAUCCAUACUCACUCCCAACAUGCGGUUAUGUGUUCAUUGAUAUUUAAAGAUGUCUUCAGAAUCUCUAACAUCGAACAGAUCAAAGCCAUUCCAAGUGGAAAAAUCGACCCUGUCACGAAUAAACAGAUAGCAUUAUCCUUUUUUGAUACUUUAGAGAUCCCAAUUAUAGAAAACAUGGCUCAUGAAGACCAAUUGAUCGAUAGUUUCCAUGACAUCUUCAAACGUUGGCCUCACACUCAAGCAAUUAUUGUACGAAGACAUGGUAUAUUCGUCUGGGGCUCAGACAUAAACAAGGCCAAGAUAUACAACGAGGCAAUCGAUUACCUAAUGGAACUAGCUGUCAAGAUGUAUCAAAUAGGCAUUCCUCCAGACUGUGGCAUCGGUGAAGAGAAGAGGUACCUUGAAAUGCCAAUGUAG